CCUCCGCCUGGCGGGGCCGAAUGCAGCAUGUCCCCUAACGCCGCCCCCACGCCCGCCGCCGCCCUGCCCCGCGCCCCCCGUGCCCCCGCGGGCGUGCCUGCUAGCCCUCUGUCACCAGACACCCCCGGGCACGCAGCAGGUCCCUCCCGUGCAGCACAGGGCACGAGAUUUGUUAUGGUACAAAACGCACCUCUGGCAGCCGCGGGCCUCGUUCAGGAGUGACGUAAAUCACCCUGAGCCGCCUAAUCCUGGUGGCGGGAUGCUCGUGGCCACUCCCGGGGCCGGCCUUGGAGGACCCUGCACGGCGGCGGACCUUGAUCUGCACGGCGACACUCCUGCCCAGGGCCGUGCAAGGGCCGGCGAGGGGCGUCAAGGGCGAGGAAUGGCCGGAGGUGUAAAGUUAGCGAUGUGAUGCUGAGAGCGAUCUCCCGCGCAGACUCCCCCACACAAAGACCACCAUGUAAACAAAGACCUUAUUUCAGCUUCCUCGCCUCGCCCCAGAAAUUCCUCUUUCCUAAACUUAACUUACAUCACACUGAGUUGAUUUCAAGUGGAAAUGAGGGAGUUGCGAUUCUGUUGUCAGCUGGACGGAGAGUUUUUUGUCGGCAUCCCAUUCUCAUAUUGAUCGUGGCGAGCGCGGAGGCUGGCUUGGCCCGUCAGGUUAUGGUUUUAUGCGAGCGAGACGGCCCCAGUGAUUGGCGGCCGAGGCGUUUUCUCUCUGUUAAUGGCAUACUCACUCCGAAAAGGUGCUGUUUUGCGGUAUUCAUUGGAGUCCACGCGUUAUUUCUUGUCGUUGAGCAAACAACCAUAAAAAUCUGAAUAAUCGUGUGUUGUGGAGGUGUGUGGAGCAAGGCGGACAUGCGUUAGUGGUGUGGUGAGGACAGUGGUGGAGGGCUGCGGUGCGCGCGACAGCGGGAGCCUCGCCUGCCUCCGUCAGUCGCUGCUGGCCUGUUGGCUGUGACGGUGGUGUGUGCGGUGCGCUCCUACUCACUCCUCCACUCGCGCUGGACUGACCUGCUGCUGCCUGUGGCGGCCGCUGCGGCUGUACCUGCUGCUGCGUCGUGUGUGUGUUGUGGUGUGGUGUGCAGUGUUAGUGGCGGCCAGCAUGGAGGACACGUCGCGGGGCGGCAUGAUGCACCCCACCUCCCAGACGGGCAUGCUCAUGCCCCAACACUACGGCAUGGGCGGCGGCUCGGUGGACCCCGGCCAGGGCACCACCACGCCGGACAAUGAGGGCCGCAAGCAGGACAUUAACACCAUCCUGGAGCAGAUCAUGAACAUCACGGACCAGUCGCUCGAUGAGGCACAGGCCAGGAAACACACGUUAAAUUGUCAUCGCAUGAAACCCGCCCUCUUCAGCGUCCUCUGUGAAAUCAAGGAAAAAACAGGUAAGUGCCGAGUGCCGGAAAGGUGUGGCGGGAGGAUGUAGCACCGAGGAGGGCCAAGAGGGAGGGUGUGUGUAUGUUGUAGGGUGGUAAAGGGGUGUAUGAGGGUGUAUUUUCCUUAGGUGUAUGUGUAAGGGAGUGUGGGUGAGUCUUCUUGGGUGUAAGUGUAAGGGUGCCAGGGGGAAGGAGGGAAGGCGAGGGGAGAUGGUGUCUCUGUGUUGUAGGGGAGAAAGGGGAAGGGUGUAUUGGGGUGUAUCUUCUUGGGUGGAGGUGUAGGGGAGUGUGGGUGUAAUUUGGGUGAAAGGUGGAAGAGGAACUAAAGGAAGAGGCUGAAGAGGAGUUCACUUAUAGACGAAGAAAUAAAGAGGAGAAAAAAUGAUGUCUCGAGUAUUUCGGUUGAGGUUGGAAGAGGAACUGAAGAAAGAGGGGAAAGAGGAGUUAUUUUAAAGAGGAAGAGGAGAAGAAAAUGGUGUCUUGAGUACUCGGGGUGAUGGGUGAAGAACUGAAGUAGGAGGAGUUAUUUUUUAGAAGAAAUGAGGAAGAGGAGGGGGAAAAAAUGGUCUCGUUUUAAUUUUCUGAAGAAGUUCGCGUUUUUUAUCUCCUUUUCUCUCUCCCUUUUCGUCCUCCGUGGCGUUGAAAAGAGUUACAGGUGAGAGGAAAGGUGAGCAUUAAUUAUCAUAGGCAAGUGUAGGGAGGUGAGGUUGUCUUUGUGUUGCGAGGGACUUAGGUUUUGUGUUGCAGGAGGUGAAAAUUGCGUCACUUCUUCAGGUUCUAUGAUAAACAACUGAGUAUUCUUUUUAUAUUCUACUUCCUUUCUACGCUGUGUUGCUGUGUUGUUAGUGUGUUGCUGAAGGUGAAAAUCGCGUCACUUCUUCAGGUUCCAUGAUAAUCAACUGAGUAUUCUUUUUAUAUUCUACUUCUACGCUGUGUUGUUAGUGUGUUGCCGGUGUUGGAGAGGAUGGUUGUGUUGCUGUGUUUGUCCGAUCAGUCGUGUAUUUUUUCCCCUCAAUCAUUUUUUUUUUUCAUGUCGUUUAUAUUUUUUCCUCCUCGCCGCGGCCCCCUUGCGGUAUUUAUCUGUGUGCUUUCGUUUAUAUUCCGCCGUUGAGUGAUCCGAACCGAUUUUUCCCUAUUUCCGUGUUAUGGUUUAGUCUUUAUCGGCGUUUGUGUUGGCGGCGGCGGCGGCGGUGUCGGUGGUGGUGUUGGUGUUUGAGCCCCCUCCUCGUUGUUUGUUUGUUUGUUUUUUGGGGCUUUGUUUACAUGUGUUUGUUUGCCUCUUUCGUGGGUGUGGUUGCUGUGUGGUGUGUGUACGGGUGUGGUGAGGUGUGGCUGGUUGUGAGAGAUGUGACAGUGUAUGGUGUGUUAUGGCAAGGUGUGGCUAUACGUCUGGCGUCUGGCUAGGUGUAGUGCAUAAUGGUCUCCCGCUUAAUGCACAGGUAGCUAAAGAAAGAGGAGGAGAAAAAGGAAGUGGAGGAGGAAGAGAAGAAGGAAGGGAAGAUAGUGGUAUUGAGACAGGAGGAGGAGGAGAAGGAGGUUACAUAGAGACGAUGAUGGGGAAGGAAGAGGAAAGAGAAGAUAAUGGUACUGAAAAGGAGGGAAAGGAAGAGGAGAAGGAGAAGGAAAGGAGGUUACUUGAGGGGAAGGAAGAAGAGAAGAAAGGGAAGAUCGUGAUAUCAAAAAGGAGGAAAGGAACAGGAGGAAGAGAAGUUGCAUAGUGAUAGGCCUAUUGAGAGGGAAGAAGAGAUGAGGGAGAGAAGGAGCAGGAGGAGGAAGGGAAAUUUCAUAGUUGUGUUGAUGGGAAAGAGGAAGAUGUGGAUAAUGAAGGGGAAGAAAUAAUACCUGUGAAAACACCUUAAAAAUAAUAACCACGGCGUAUCGCACAAAACUCACGUCCUGGAUGUGAGUGUGUGUUUGCAUCCAUCUCAACUUGUCACGGAGUAAGGCAAGAAACCACAUUGUUAGCCGUUACCUGAGAGAGAGAGAGAGAGAGAGAGAGAGAGAGAGAGAGAGAGAGAGAGAGAGAGAGAGAGAGAGAGAGACGGAAUAGGAGUCAUUUACUAGUGUCGCGGCAACGUUAUAGGAACCUCGCAUUACGGAGCGUUAGAUGCGCUAUACGGAGAAGCGUGCGAAGUGAAUCCUACAGCAUAUCGUCAUCACCAAGGAUUAGGGAGAGGAGAAUAGAAUAAGAACAAGAGGAAGAAGAAAAAUAAAUGAGAGAAAACACAUGCUCACACACGCACGCACACACAAAAAAAAACCUCCACCAGCCACACAUUCCUAAAUCUUUUGUAAAUAAUGAAUCAAAUGACUGUAGGAAAAUAAGAUUGCUAUAUCAACACAUUCUUUGGUAAAUAUAUUAUAAGGAAACAGGAAAUGCAACCUUAAGAAAAACAUAAAUGAACUAGAGACGAAAGUAGAAAAAAAUACCACAAAAAAAUUAACAUAAAUUAGAGAUAACACACACACACACACACACACACACACACACACACACACACACACACACACACACACACACAC